CAGAGGUCCAUCACUGUCAUUGUUCAUGGAAGUGUUCAGUUCUGUACAAGCUCAAAUAUUAUCCUGAGGGCCAGAGGAAACGUAGCAUGCCCAAGCUAAUUGUCUUCAAAGUGUUUGCUGUUCUUCAUGCAGUUGUCGCACUGCAAAGUAACGCAGCCCGAUCUGCACUGGUAGAAAGUGAUGCCACCCCUUCUAUAAAAGAGUUUGUGGAUGUAGAGGAACCAAUAUGGACACGCAUUUCAACCGAAAAUGCAACGGUGUUAUGCAAAGUCGAUGUAAGAGUGCGCUCUCAAGACGACAGUAUUCAGUUUAAUCGAUCGUUUUACAUGGGCUAUCACAACUGGACAACUUACACCUGCAACGGCGCAUUUUACCAGGGAAGCCAACAGAAUAUGCGUGUUACAGAAACAGGACGUGGCGAUUACAUUGAGAAAUUGUUGUACACGGGAGCAAACCAAACUUGUGGUGUUCUUGUGGUGAAACCAGUCACCUCUGGCUCUACUGAAUGGUACGAGCUUCGGAUUAGAAACUCUUCAAUAACAAGAAGGACUGAUCGGAAAUGCACUGAACAUUUAAAAAAAGUGGCUGGAUCUCAACGAAAUCGUACGAUGUUCAGAAGGCACUGCUUGCACAUGCUGAAAAUUGGCAACGCCACAUACAGCCGCUGGGAGCUGCAGUAGAAGACCUCGACGAUUUUUACAGUGUGGGCCACACAGUAUUGGAUUUCAAUUUCAUUUCACAUGUAAUUUCUUAACAGAAAAAUUAAACAAGCUGAGUUUACACAUGCUCGAAAUAAAGGAUGGAGUGCUUCUGUG